AGUUGAGAUCCAUGGCAAAGCAUUUCAGAAUGUCGAUUCUCCCCCCCAGUCCCCAUCCCUCCACUGAGCCUUCCUUCUCUUUUCCUCUCACCUUCUCCCCCCCAGCCCAUCACACCUUGCCUUUGUUCUAUUUUUGCAGGUCAUUUAUCUCCAGGCUUUGAGAUCUGCGUGGGGGGAGCUGUUGCAGCAGCCCAAGCCGCAGGAGAAGCUGAGACAGAAUGGCCUGGCUGGGGCUGGUACUGGCUGCUUGCCUCCUCGUGCUGCCCUCCACCUCAGCAGACUGCCUGGCCCAGUGCUCCCUGUGUGCUGUGAAGACCCAGGAUGGACCCAAACCCAUCAACCCCCUGAUUUGCUCCUUGGAAUGCCAGACCACCCUGCUGCCCUCUAAGGAAUGGGAGAGAUGCCAGGGAUUUCUGUCUUUUUUCACUCCCCCCAACAUUGGGCUCAAUGGCAAGGAAGACGUGGGGAGCAAGCUGGCUCUGGAAGGGCCCUACAGUGAGCUGGAAAAGCUGUCUGGGUCCUUCCUGAAGGAGCUGGAGAGAAGCAAAUUCCUCCCCAGUAACCCAAUAAAGGAGAAUCCUCUGAGCAAGAGUCUGGAGGAGACUCUCAGGGUCUUCUCUAGCAGGUUUGGGGCAGGACCUGAACCUGAGCUGGUGGGUGAUGCCCAGUUGAAUGAUGGAGCCAUGGAAGCUGGCACACUCAAUUUUGAUGAGGAGGACCCCAAGGAGCAGGUCAAACGCUAUGGGGGCUUUUUGCGCAAAUACCCCAAGAGGAGCUCAGAGGUGGCUGGGGAGGAGGAGGGGGAUGGGGAGAGGGCAGGCCACGAGGAUCUGUACAAGCGCUAUGGGGGCUUCCUGCGGCGCAUCCGUCCCAAGCUCAAGUGGGACAACCAGAAGCGCUAUGGUGGUUUCCUCCGGCGCCAGUUCAAGGUGGUGACUCGGUCUCAGGAAGCCCCCAGUGCUUACUCUGGAGAGCUUUUUGAUGCAUAAAUACCUCCCCAUUGUGGAUUAAGU